CUGCCGGAGUUAAACCCGCCUGCGUUCAUGCCUCAUGGGAACGUGGGAACACCUUUGAAAGUUUUUCUGGAGUUGAUCCGGGCCUGCAGGCUGCCUCCCCGGAUUAUCAAGAAAUUGCAGCUGGAUUUUCCCAAGACGGGCUCAUCCCGUAGGUAUGGGAAUGUGCCUUUUGAAUACCAGGACACUGAGACAGUUACAGGAGAAGAAGGAGUUUAUACUGCAGCAGGGGACGAGAUCACAGAGGACGAGGGGCCUGUGGCAAGGUCUGAGAUGUCCAAUUCAGUCAGUGCUGAGGAAGAUGGGGCGGGACUGGAGAAGGAGGAAGCGGAAGAGUCGCACUCAGAUGAUGACAACGAUACCUGUGAGGAGUGGGAGCGACAUGAGGCUUUGCAUGAGGACGUGACCAAGCAAGACCGCAUGGAGGAGCGGCUCUUUGAAGAGGAGAUUGAGCUGAAGUGGGAGAAAGGUGGCUCUGGGCUGGUCUUCUACACGGAUGCUCAGUACUGGCAGGAGGAGAACGGAGACUUCGAUGAGCAGACUGCGGACGAUUGGGAUGUGGACAUGAGCAUCUACUAUGACAAAGAUGGAGGAGAUAAGGAUGCUCGGGACUCGGUCCAGAUGUGGCUGGAGCAGAGACUCCGGGAUGGCUUGGAGGAUGGGUCUGUUUCAGGGCAACAGAUUGGGACCUUUGAGAAAUACACCAAGGGCAUUGGCAGGAAGGUGCUGGAGCAGCAGGGCUGGACCGAAGGGCUGGGGCUGGGGAGCAGCAACUCAGGAAUGGCCGAAGCUUUGGACAACGAGGGUCAGAAUCCCAGAUGCAAGAGGGGGCUGGGGUACCAUGGGGAGAAACUGCCGACCUUCAGCAAGGUAAAGAAGCCUCGGCGAGAUGGUCCCAUCCUCAUCUCCACCAUCUAUGAUGACCCUGAGCCAAUGGACAGUGGUGACCUACUGCUCAGGCGCCAGCCGCCCACUGCCAUGAAGUACAGACAGGACAUGCCAUUUGUCCGGGCGUCCUAUGGUGCUCAGGAGAGACCCAGUGCCCUGUCGCACUAAGCACGGACUGUCACAGAGCCUUUGUACUGGUCCUGCCUCCCUCCUACCGCAGGCUGGCUCCUGCUGGUCUCAGGUCUGGAGCAGGGCGUUGUUAGUAUAUUUAUUUUUGGAAGAAAUGGAGUUGUAACAAAAAUUGCCUUUGGGGGUUUUUUCCUUCUUACUUGAGCUAUUUCAAGCCAGGGGAGACAUUGCUUAUCCCAUUUGCUCAGUGAGGUUGGGGAGAUGACUGAUGCUUUAAAGCCAAUGCUAGGGGGAAGGCUGCUCCCUGGAUUAGCCAAGGUUGUGUUCUAGGUCUGUAGCCAGUUCAGCCUGAAGAUCGGAGCUCGUAGUUCAUGGCUGCCUGAGACCCAGGGGAGGACAAGUACAGACAAGGCCAAACGUGGCACAGUAACUGUCCUGCAGACAGCUUGCUGCUGGCCUGCAGCCUCACGUUGCCUGGGCGUGACGAUCCCACAGUCACAGGAGAAACUUGCCUUGAUGAAAGACACGUCCUGGCAGCUUUCAGAGGAGCUCUGCAGGAGGCGUCUCCCUGCGGUCGGGCGUAGCAGUGCUUCCUUCCAUGGCUCUUGGACAUGCAGGGCCAUGUUCUGCCUGUUUCCCUGACACAGGCAGCCUUUCCCAGGCUGCAGCGUCCCCAGUCUCUCCUGCGGAGAGAGCCUUCAUCCUUGUGACCCUGUACUGCAGCGUUAGACAUGAAUUAGCAUUCUGCCUGCCUGCAGGCUGUGGCCUGGCCACGUUAGGCUGGCCAGA